AUGACCUACAUCUUAGUGGCGGUGGACUACGUCUCCAAAUGGGUCGAGGCAAUCGCCUUGCCCACCAAUGAAGCAAGGAGUGUAACCGCAUUCUUGAAGAAGAACAUAUUCACACGGUUUGGUACCCCAAGGGCCAUCUUGAGUGAUGGUGAUUCUCAUUUCUGCAACAAGGCUUUCGCCGGGCUGCUUGAAAUGUAUGGUGUAAAGCACAAGGUGGCCACACCCUAUCAUCCUCAGUCGAGUGGUCAAGUUGAAACUCCUAUUGGCACUUCACCGUACCGGUUUAUUUUUGGCAAAGAAUGUCACUUACCAGUGGUGCUUGAACACAAAGCCAUGUGGGAAUUGAAGAAGUUGAAUCUUGACUGGGUCAAGGCUACUAAUAUAAGAAUGACACAACUCAAUGAGAUGGAGGAAUUCCGUCUCCAUGCCUAUGACAGUGUAGCUAUGUACAAGGAGAGAAUGAAGUUUGUCCAUGAUAAGAACAUCUUGAAGCGGGAGUUCAAUUCCGAUGACUUGGUCUUACUCUUCAAUUCAAGACUCAAGUUAUUUCUAGGAAAACUCAAGCCCAAAUGGUCUGGCCCGUUCAAAGUUGUGAGUGUGUCCCCCUAUGGUGCUAUUGAACUGGAGUCGGAGGAUGGGACCUGA